CGCACCGCGCCCGCCGGAAGUACUUCCCUGAGCGGAAGCUUCUCUGCGCGAUAUAGCGGAAGUGUCUUCUCUUCCGGCCUUUUUGGUCUCGGCGGCAGAAGCAAGAUGACGAAGGGGACGUCCUCGUUCGGCAAGCGCCGCAACAAGACGCACACGCUGUGCCGCCGCUGCGGCUCCAAGGCCUACCACCUGCAGAAGUCCACGUGCGGCAAGUGCGGCUACCCCGCCAAGCGCAAGAGGAAGUAUAACUGGAGUGCCAAGGCCAAGCGACGGAACACCACCGGGACGGGUCGCAUGCGGCACCUGAAAAUCGUGUACCGCCGGUUCAGGCAUGGAUUCCGUGAAGGAACAACUCCUAAACCCAAGAGGGCAGCUGUUGCCGCAUCCAGUUCAUCUUAAGGAUUUCAGUGAUUAGUCGCGCAAUAAAUCUCGGUUUUCAAAAAUA